GAUCGAUAUUGUAGCGAAAAUAGGAGGUGUAGUCCUAAGAAGUUAAACGAAGACGAAUGUGUACGGCCACAGGAGUGUGGCAGUGGAUUCUGUACAACGGGUGUUUGUCGUGAAGAAUGUGCCGUGUCUGCUGAUUGCCCUACUGACAAAUACUGUAACACUGACGAGGCAGUUUGUGUAGAUAAAUUAACUACGGGGACCUCUUGUACGGCAAAUGAACAAUGUAUUGACAAAUACUGUGGGACCGAUGACCAGAAGUGUGGCUUCUGCAAUACAGAUUUCAACUGUAACUUUGGGGCUACAUGUCUAGGGAAAAAUGACGUUAACAAGAUCAAUAU